CACAAGAGAGUUUGCUAAGAGCAAUGGGUGAUAAAUGUGGAAAGAGUUCUAUUUUGAUGAAAGGGUUUUGUAUAAACUCCAUUACAUCACAAUUUGGAUUAGUCAACUAAACAUGAAAGAGUGAUUUUUUUCUUCAUUUUUCAGUUUUGAAUGGACUGAACUGAAGUCUUGUAAAUUCUUUUUAAGUUGUGAAGUAACGAAGUAUCGACUCUGAAACACUCCAAGCAGAAGUGAGUCAGUUAAGAAAGUCGUAAUUAACCAUUGGAAAGAGCGUCCAAGAACUCCCUCAAUGCUCAAUAUCUCAAACCCUUUAAAGCUUACGCUAAUAAAAGCUACUGCUUGUCUAAACCCACUUCUCACCUCGCAAUCAAAACCCAGUUCCUCGUCAUCCUUUCCAGUGCCAACUCACGAACAUAUAGCCCGUCUCAUUUUAGAUCAAAAAUCAGCCUCCCAAGCUCUUCAGACAUUCAGAUGGGCUUCAAAAGUCCCAAAUUUCACCCACUCACAAUCCACUUACCGUGCUUUGAUCUACAAAUUAUGUGCAUUCCGACGCUUUGACACCGUCAAGGAACUGCUUGAUGAAAUGCCCCACUCAAUUCAAUCACCCCCGGAUGAAUCUAUUUUCAUCACAAUUGUCCGCGGUCUUGGCAGGGCGCGGAUGAUUAAAGAAGUUACUAAAGUCGUUGAUUUGGUUUCAAGGUUUAAUAAGGCGCCAUCCCUUAAAAUUUUUAAUGCCAUUCUUGACGUUCUUGUUAAGGAAGAUAUUGAUUUGGCAAGAGCAUUUUAUAGGAAGAAGAUGAUGGCAAGUGGGAUUCAAGGUGAUGAAUACACUUAUGGUAUUUUGAUGAAGGGUCUUUGCUUGACCAAUAGGAUUGGUGAUGGUUUUAAGGUCUUGCAAGUUAUGAAAUCUCGGGGUGUAAAGCCGAGUAGUGUGAUUUAUAACACGUUGCUUCAUGCACUUUGCAAAAAUGGAAAAGUUGGGAGGGCAAGGAGUUUGAUGAAUGAGAUGCGGGAACCCAAUGACGUAACUUUUAACGUGUUGAUAUCUGCUUAUUGCAAAGAAGAGAAUUUAGUUAAUGCUCUUGUGUUAUUGGAGAAAUGCUUUAAUUUUGGCUAUGUACCUAAUAUUGUCACUGUUACUAAGGUUGUGGAACUUCUAUGCAAUGCAAGCCGUGUAACGGAAGCUGUUGAAAUUUUUGAGAGAGUAGAGAGCAAGGGAGGUGUAAUUGAUGUCACUGCUUAUAACACCUUGAUAAAGGGUUUUUGUAGAUUAGGGAAGGCGAAAGUUGGGCAUCGGUUUUUGAAAGAGAUGGAGAGGAAGGGUUGUCUUCCGAAUGCAGACACAUAUAAUAUAUUGAUUUCUGGUUUUUGUGAAUCUGAGAUGUUGGAUUAAGCUCUUGAUAUGUUUAAUGAUAUGAAAACAGAUGGGAUCAAUUGGAACUUUGUUACAUAUGAUACAUUAAUUAAGGGUUUGUGCUCAGGAGGGAGGAUAAAAGACGGGUUUAAGAUUUUAGAACUGAUGGAGGAUGGUAAAGAGGAUUCCAAGGGCCGCAUUAGUCCAUAUAAUAGUGUGUUGUAUGGUUUGUACAAGGACAAUCAACAGGAUGAAGCACUUAGGUUUCUAACAAACAUGGAAAAGUUAUUCCCAAAAGCUGUUGAUAGAAGCUUAAGGAUAUUAGGCUUUUGUGAGGAUGGUAGCAUAGAUAACGUGAAAAAGGUCUUCAAUCAGAUGACUGAAGAAGGGGGAGUUCCAAAUGUUCUUGUUUAUGAUUGCUUAAUCCAUGGUUUUUGCCGAAAAGAGCACGUGCGAGAAGCAUUUGAACUAAUGAAUGAGAUGAUUGAGCAUGGCUAUUUUCCAGUUGCAUCGACAUUCAAUGCUCUGAUUAGUGAGUUUUGCAGGCAAGGAAAUGUUGUGACAGCUUUGAAGCUGAUGGAGGAUAUAGUAAGGAGAGGCUCUGUACCUGAUAGAGAAAGUUAUAAUCCUUUGAUUGAUGCUUUUUGUAGGAAGGGAGAUAUCCAGAAUGCUCUGAAGAUCUUCUCACACAUGGUUGAGAAAGGUUUCCUUCCAGAUUAUUCAACAUGGAACUCUUUGCUUCUUUGUCUUAGUCAACAAACAAUAUGGUUAGAGAGCAAGAAUAUGUCCAAUCUAAACAAAUUAUUGCAAUAGAUUAUAAAGACUUGAAUCAUCAU